UAAAAAGGUACUUUACCAAUUUUCACAAAAAAAAAAAAGCUUUUUCUGUGACUAUAAAAAUAGAUUUACUAAAGAUAAUGCCUGUAUGCGGUAGACCGCUGCUCGUGGCGGUUGAUCGGGACGGCUGUACGAUGCGGUCGUCGACUUCGGCUGGUAGGAAGUCGUCUAGGACAGCGAAGCAGCUGCAGGAGGCGGAGACUGUGCGUCCAAAGUCCAACAAGAAGAAGGACAAGGCAAAACGCAGCCAACGAGAAAAUGCGACUCAUCAAUUGACGAGUUUGUUGCGGGUCGAGAGUGACCAACUGAAUGAACAAUUACUAAUAGCAAGCGAGAAAGGGAAACAACGCGCCGUCUUCCUGUUGUUGCACCAAGGCGUCGACAAGGACCGAUGCAAAGGCCUACUCGGUUACUCUCCAGUGCAUCAUGCUGCCGCUCGAGGGCACCUGGACGUAUUGCAACUACUACUCGACUUUGGAUGGUGCGUUGACGUUCGCAACGACGCACUCGAGACUCCUCUGCAUCUCGCCUGCUUUAACGGUCACGUUCACCUUGCCGAGCUCUUGCUUGACCGUGGAGCGGAUAUUAACGCGCGGACUAGUGAUAAAGAAACCCCACUAUUCUACGCUGCACGGAAGGGGCAGUACCGAGUAGUUCGACUUCUUGUUCGUAGAGAAUGUGACCUUGGAGCGAGGAAUUGCUACGGCGAUGUGGCGGAGGAGGAAGCUCGUGAUGCGAAGACUCUGGCGGAGUUUGCAACGGGUAAUGAAGAUCUCGAGCGAGCGUUGAUUGCCGAAACUCAGCGUGGAACACCGAACGAUAUUGGCGAGAAUGUUUUAUCUCAAAGACUUCGAGAGCGAGUGUUGUCGUUUCUCGAUCUGAGAAGCUUAGGUUACGCGUCGCAAGUGUCAUAUCGGUGGCACCGAGCUGCCGACAAUUCUUCGCUGUGGAAGAAACUUGGCGUUUCGCGGUGGGGAUUGCUGCUGAACGCGACCAUGGGAAUGGGGGCGGUGCCUCGGAUGGCGAUGCUGGGCACAGCUACCAGUAACCUCUUCCAUUUGAACUUGUCCAAGACUGUGUUUCGACGUCCAUAUAGCUGUGAUCAAGCUAUCCCUGGUAGAGUCAUGCCGCUGAGUGCUAAGGAGAAACAACGCCUGCGAUACCGAGAACCGCUACGACCGCGAACUGCUCAUGUUGCAGGAGCGUAGUUGAAGAUAACCAUUUAAUUAUUUACAACAAAGUCUCACAGUCCACUAUGCCAUGAUGAUUUUUU